AUGGGUGUCACCGGGCUCUGGACUGUCGUUCAGCCCUGCGCUCGCCCUAUAAAAAUCGAAACGCUCAAUAAGAAACGCCUCGCGGUCGAUGCCUCCAUCUGGAUCUACCAGUUCCUCAAAGCAGUCCGUGAUAAGGAAGGGAAUGCCCUGCGUAACUCUCAUGUUGUAGGCUUCUUUCGCCGCAUCUGCAAGCUCUUGUUCUUCGGGAUCAAGCCCGUGUUCGUCUUCGAUGGAGGCGCACCAUUACUCAAGAGGCAGACUGUUAGUGGACGCAAGGCAAGAAGAGAGGGGAGAAGAGAGGAUGCGGUACGGACGGCAGGGAAGCUGUUGGCAGUGCAGAUGCAGAGGAGGGCCGAGGAGGAUGACCAAAAGCGGAGAGAGGAAAGAGAUCGGCCGCCGGUAGAUCAAGAGGAGGAAGUCCCUGAAAAUUUGGUCUACGUCGACGAACUUCAGAUGACUGAGAAAGAGCGACAGCAGAAUCGCACUUUCAAGAAGAAAGACGCCUACCACCUGCCGAAUCUCGAUAUAGAUCUGGCAGACAUGGGUGCUCCGAAUGACCCAAGGAUCAUGAGCCAUGAAGAGCUGGAGGAGUAUGCCAGACAGUUCCAUACAGGCGAAGAUGUGAAUAUCUAUGACUUUAGCAAAAUCGACUUUAAUAGUCCGUUCUUCUUGAGUCUGCCAGCUAGUGAUCGAUACAAUAUCCUGAACGCAGCCAGAUUACGAUCAAGAUUAAGGAUGGGGUAUAGCAAAGAGCAAUUGGACACCAUGUUUCCAGACAGGAUGGCGUUUUCCAGGUUCCAGAUUGACCGAGUCAAGGAGAGGAACGAGCUCACCCAACGUUUAAUGAACCUCAACGGAAUGAAUGGAGAAGAUGCAAUGUUCGGUAUGAACGAUGGAGGACGGGUGGCGGGAGAAAAAGGGAAGGAGUAUGUGCUUGUAAAGAAUGAUGGUGUCGAGGGUGGAUGGGCAUUGGGAGUGGUGAGCAACAAGGGUGAAGGAGAGCGGAGCAAACCCAUAGACGUGGAAGGUUUCGGAAAGGAAGAUGAGCCUAUGGAAGAAGACGAAGCCUGGGAGGAUGACGGGUUCGAGGAUGUUCCAAUUGAAGGUCUAAAUCGGUUGCCUAAACGUCCAGAUCGGCCACUAGAUGCAAGCAAAGACAACGUUCCGUUCGAGUCCGAGGAGAUCAAGAAACGCAGACGAGCUCUGUACGAGACGAGAAUGGAGGCGGCGCGUGUGAAGAGAGCAGCAGCGGAUCCAGAUCUGGCUGAAGAGGGGCUCGACUCGCUCUUUGUCCCUCAGCAAAACAACGAAUAUGGUAAGGAUGAUGAUGAGAAUAUGGACGAUCUUUUCGAGGGAUGUGCUGCCUCCGGCUGA